UUUUUUUGAAGCAAACUCUACAAAGUUUAAAAUAAAUAAGUCCCAUUCCCACUUUCAUUGAAGUUUAUUGAUUCUUUCAUACAUUAGAAGGCACAAAAACUUUGAUAUAGAAAUGUACUUCAUCUCAACUUAGCUUGAAAUAUCAUCAAUGGCUAAGCUCAGGAAACCAUGUAGAUUUUCUGUAGUUCUAGUUCUAGUUCUGGUUUUUCUUUGCAAUGCUUGGCAUGCGAAUGCCGAAACUGAGUAUAUAUCAGCAGUAGGUGAUCCAGGAAUGAGAAGGGAUGGCCUUAGAUUAGCCAUUGAGUCAUGGAAUCAAUGCAAUGAGGUAGGAAAAGAAGUUCCUCAUAUGGGAAGUCCAAGAGCUGCAGAUUGCUUUGACAUAUACAAGGCUUCUCCACAGUCAAAUGAAAAAAACUGUUCCAUUUGCCUACCCUACACAUUGGUCCACAGAGUGACAGAGGCAGACAACAAGCUAGGGGUUGGAGACCCUUUUCUUGGAGUUCAACCGGAUGCUCUUUUCAAUGUAGACCUUUAUGCUGCAGAGAAGGAACUCUAUUUGGGAUCUAAAUGUGAAGUUGAAGACAAACCAAAUCCUUGGCAAUUUUGGAUGAUCAUGCUCAAGAGUGGUAACAUGGAUACUUCUGCAGCCAUGUGUCCUAAAAACGGGUAUAAAGUUGGGCCAUUUGGCCCUGAUAAUGGGUUCCCUUGCUUUGGAAAAGGGUGUAUGAAUCAACCAUUGAUAUAUCAUGACUACACCACAUUGCAGGGGCCAAAUAGGACUACCCUUAAGGGAAGGUUUUAUGGCUCAUGGGAUUUGAAUGCUGAUUUGAGUAAAGGAUCGGUGGGUAACAUUUCUUACCAUUCUGUGGAUUGGAAGAAGGAAAUUGGUCGAGGAAGUUGGGUUUUUCAUCAUGUCUUGAGGACUUCAAUAAAGUAUCCGUGGUUGAUGCUUUACUUCCGAUCAGAUGCCACGCAGGGGGUGUCUGGUGGCUACCAUUAUCCCACCAGGGGUAUGUCCAAGAUUAUUCCAGGAUCACCAAACUUUAAAGUAAGGUUUACUCUAAAUGUGAUCAAAGGUGGGGGUCAUAACAGCCAAUUCUACCUACUGGACAUUGGCAGUUGUUGGAAGAACAAUGGACAAAAUUGUGAUGGCAAUGUAACAUCAGAUGUUACUAGAUAUAGUGAGAUGAUCAUAAAUCCCAACAUAACUUCGUGGUGCCAGCCUGACCAUCUCAGUACAUGUCCACCGUACCACACAUUCCCCAAUGGGACUCGCGUCCAUCGCAACGACACUGCCCACUUCCCUUAUGCUGCUUAUCACCUGUAUUGCUCCCCUGGAAAUGCAGACCAUCUUGAAAUGCCUUACACUUUAUGUGAUCCAUAUAGCAAUCCUCAGUCUCAGGAAAUAUUGCAAAUUUUGCCACACCCCGUUUGGGGUGAGUAUGGCUAUCCUACUAGCCAAGGAGAAGGUUGGAUUGGCGAUCCAAGGACUUGGGAGCUUGAUGUUGGAAGAUUGUCUCAAUCUUUAUAUUUUUAUCAGGAUCCUGGAAGUCCACCAGCCAGGAGGCAAUGGAGGUCUAUUGAUUUGGGAGCUGAGAUUUUUAAGGACCCUGAUCAAGUUGCUGAGUGGACUGUUAGUGACUUCGAUAUCCUAGUAUCAAAGCAAUGAAUAUGCAUGAUACAGAAAGAGAGAGAUUAGGUGCAAAUGAAAACAUGAAGUAAUUGUAUAGAGGAGUUUCUUCAGCUUCAAUCCAAAGGAUUUCUGUCAUUCUUUUCAACAUAUUAAGAAAAUGUCUAAAUCAGAAUUUUGUGCAGAAAAACUUUGCAGGCUUUUAUUUUUCUGUCAUUAAAUCCAUUUGUUUACACUGUAAGAUUCUCAAAGAAGUUUAACAAU